AUGCGCGUCACACGUGCCUCGGCAGCAAAAACACGCGCGAAUGAGAAGGCACGGGAUAUCCUUGCCACCGAAGCUGCCAGCACCUUUUCUCUCAAGGAGAAAGGUGUGUUUACAAAUGUAUCCCGUGCGAUGGUGCGAGACUUGGUCGCAAAUCUGGACAUACCUCUUCGGAGCAUCAAUGCCACAAUCAAUGUGGUAGCGGAGGCAUUAGGUGUUGAGGUGGAGGGAGAUGUUAGCCAGCGCAGUAUUCGCCGGAUGGUGAUUGAAGGUGGCAUUGCAGCGGAGACACAGCUAGUCGACGAGAUCACUCAUGCAAGAGGAGUUACAUUAAGUGGAGAUGGUACCACCCACAAAAAUAUCAAUUACCAGUCCCACCAUGUCACUCUUACUCUGCCGGACGGGCAAACUGCGACUCGAUUGGCAGGAAUUCUGCAUGAAGUCAACCACACCAGUGAGACUCAGUUACAAGGGUGGAAACAUCAAGCUAAUGAAAUGUACUCCACCUACAAUGAUGUCAUGGGGGGUCACAACGCUGCAGACAUUCGGGAUUUUGCCCCAAAAGUCAAAGGAAUGUUGACAGACCAUGCUGAAGACCAGAAGAAGCUUGUUCAUCUGUUCGCAGAGUGGAAACGAGAAUGCGAGCGAGAAGUUCGUGGUGAAAAGGCACUCGCCUGCUUACCUCCGGCUGAUGUCGUACAUCUACUUUCGGAAAUGAUGGAAAACAUUAUCGAGACUGCGGGUGGCUAUCAGCAAUGGGAUUUGCUUUCUCCAGAUGAGCGGCAGCUCCAUUCUAGCAAAGCCAUCCGUCAACUGCACAUGACCUUUGGAGAGAAGGAAUUUGCAUCCCUCUCAAGUGCCGAAAAGGAGGCCGUGGACUUUUUCGUGUGGGCAGGCUGCUGCAUGCAUAAGGAGCUAAAUGCGGCUAAAGGGGGGAAUACAAGGAUGCGAGCAUGGUGGGAACAGAACGGUGUUGACGGCCCUGUCCUAUUGAUGAAUAAGGACAAUUCGGCUGCAGCAUCAGCGGGUUCCUCAGUAGCCAAAGAUCGGGCUGUUCAGGUGUCAACAGGAGGUGGGCAGAAGACUUUGGAUCUUGCGGGCAGCGUAUUUCGUCACAAGGACGACAAAAAGGGCCAACACGACUCCCUUCGAUAUUAUCUCGAGACAGAGUUAGGGUUCACCAGUCAAUGGCCCGACACAAGUAACACUCACUACCACAACCAUGGUGAUGCCGCAUGCGAGUAUCUUGUUCACAAAUCUUGGUACAUGCAGUUCCUGGAGAUCGUACUGUUCAAAAAGGAAAGCCGGACGCACACGAACAUGGAGCAGAAUGUCUUCCGAGGCUUCUCAUGUCUCAGGACAGAGGAGGAAAUUACAUGCUGGGCAUCAUACAACCAAUGCCUCACCCAUCCGUAUCUACGAACCAUCCGAAAUUCAUCCACCAACAUACUGGACCUGGGGCCCAUUCAUGCCAAGGUCAUUGCUCACCUACAGUGUCUCGUUGCGGAUGUUGACCUUGUUUUGGGUCCGAGCGCCUCUCACGAAACAGCAACCCUGGAUGGUAGGCCAUUUGAGCGUCCAGAGGCAGUCUACGCAAUCCAGCGAAUCACCCAAGACCAAAAAAAUUACCCUCACCUUCGUUGUCUUCUUGUCACAUUUUUGGAAGGUGCUCUUGACACUUGGGUCCGCUUUUGUGGCGAGUUCACUGCUGGUGGAGUGAUAGAUAAGUCAUCCGCUGCUCAAAGAGAGAUGGCUUACAUGAAAACAACAAACGACGACAACGAAGGCGCCCUAGGGACAGUCCGUACGUCUUUGCGGCGAGCACCGCACAUGUCCUUGUCACACCUCAACUCUCGGUUCAUGUACAAGAAGAACAUGACAGGAACCUACAUACAGAAUUUCCUUCGGCCUGGGGCUCAAAAGAGGUUGCUCAAGAAGGCUCGCGCUGUUGAUACACGAGGUGAUGAGCGAAAACGGCGGGUUGCGCAGGCUAACUAUGAUAAGGAGCGGGUGAGGAAGAACAAGCAGCUGGAUGUGCGGAGGAAGGAACGGCGGGAUGCUGCAGAGGCUAAGCUCACCGCAGUUGUGCCUCGUUUGACCCUUGCAGAAGUCGAAAAGCUCCGCGUCGACGAAAUUAACCUGCAGAUCCGGUGGCAUCGUCGAUUUGACAAGGAUGUGCCUGCUGCAAAAAACACGCCAUCAGGAAAAGCAAAAAAGGUUGAGGUAUUGAUGGAUGCAGUUGGGCGCUACGUACGAGGUGAAACGCACCCUAAAAACGAUACACAGCACUCGAUGGAGCAGCCAGACGGUAGUAACAAUGCUCAGGGGAUGCCUGGAUGCGAGGAUGAGUAUGAUGAUGAGUGA